UUCAAACAAUGAAUCUGUUACUGAUUUACUCAUUCUUCCAUGUUCUCAAAUUUGUGCGGCCUGGUUCACCUUUGUUCAAGAUAUGUUAUGGCGGAAAAGUUGAGGAUUUACCGAUGGGAUGUGAAGAAGUGAUUGGUUUUCCGUUGGUUAUUUCAGACUAUUUUUAUGAUAUCGACGCCAAGUCCGAAGACGGUCGAAAACUUUCCACAAUCCAACGGAUAACCAAUGGAAUAGUCCUCCGCGACAAUAACUUCAAGCGGUUUUCCGCCCUUACAAGUCUCGAGUAUCUUGCCGUAUUGAGUAGUGAACCAUUGCUGAAACUCGAACGGAACCAUCAACUUAUGUCUUUGGAGUUUAAAAGUCUGAGAGUUAUCAAUGGAACAAUGCCCCUGGUGACAUUUUGGAAUGACAAUUACCCAAUUGAAAUGAGGAGAAGCAAUCGAGCAUUUCAAGAAUUUCAAUCUCUACUAGCCACUGCCGGUCAUGCCAUUGAUCCUUGUUCUGCGAACUAUUUCGAUUUUCAUUCAAUGCAAGAAGAAUCUGCUCCAACUCACUGGUACUUUGUGCUUGCGGGCUCUUUCGGUUCUCUAGCAAUUGCCAUGAUUGCUGAUGUGCACUGGUACAUGGCAUUCCAACGUCGAUGGGAACGUCAGUUGUUGAAGCUGGAAAUCGAACGGGAAGCGAAACAGCUCAAUAUUGAACUGGAAAAGUCGAAUUUGUAUGAUGAAUGGAGAAUGGAUUGCAUCAAAAUAGCGGAUGAGAAGCACGCGUGGAUGAAUGAUUUUGCGAGAAGAACUCAAGAUGAUCCGUAUCAUGCUCCUGGUGAGGAGAAGAAAUGGGCUGACGAGAGACGGAAGCUGAGGAAGAUUGAAAAGGAUUUGAAGAUGAGAAAACGGGAAACAAUGAAAAGGGCCGAGAAGAUGAAGGAGGCUGAACUUAAAAAGAAGAAGGAAAGUAGUAAAAGCAAGGAGGAAGAUAAGAAUAAAAAGAAGGAAGUUAAGAUUAAAAGUGCUCCAAAGACAUCUGCAAAAAAAUCUGCAAAGAAAUCUGCAAAGAAAGAACAGAAGAAGUCGGAGAAAAAAGUGAAGGAAGUUCCCGAAAAGGCACAAAAGAGCAAGAAGGAGAAAAGUGACAAAUUUGUUUUUGAAGAAGGCUCAAGAAGAGUUGAAUACACUGAUGUGCCGAGUUUGGAGAAGGAAAAAACGGUGUCAGUAGAGCAACCUACGAUAGAUCCAGUGGAAGGCAUACCUUUUAGAUAACUAGUUUUUAGAAAGUUCUUAUAAAUGUUUGAUGAUGAA